UUUCCGUUCCACUAGAUCUACCCCGUUUUUCUGUUUUGUUCUUAAAUUCAUUCCUCUGCAUCUCCACUUUGAAACUUCUUUUACUUGUAUCAAUUUUUAAAAAAUCAGAUCUGCAGAAAUGGCAACUUUUGGAUUUCUCACCAUUGCUUUUUUCUUAGUUUUUGAACUCACCUUCGCCACAGAUUCGCCGGCGCCUGCUCCCUCGCUCGGUGCAGACACAUCACCGCUACUUGCUCCUACUCCGGUUUCGGGAUCUCCGGACUCGGCACCGUUAAUCUCACCGGUGAUGCCUGCUUCGCCUCCGGCACCAAUCGCGCCGUCCCCAUCAGAUCUGGCAGAAGGAGAGUCAUCGUCUUCAAGUUCUCCUGCUCCUUCACCGGGCGAUGCCAGUGAUAUCGACCACAGCAACAUCAAUGCAAAGGAAAGCGAAAACAAGACUGGUGGUGGCGGAGGACUGAACGGAGGAAAAAAAGCAGGAAUCGUGGUGGGAGUGGUGGCAGCGGCGUGUUUGGUUGGCUUCGGUGGAUUGGUUUACAAGAAGAGACAAGACAAUAUCAGGAGAUCUCAGUACGGAUACGCCGCGAGGAGAGAAAUCCUGUGAAGAAGAUUAGACGAUUGCAGAUUUAUAAAAUGAUUAUAAGCGGUUAUACAUUAUUACUUGCAUUCGGUUUCAAUUUGUGGUAGAAAUGAUUACUUGACAAUUGAAAUUUAUUAUCUUUGAUUCUUUGUAAGGAAUUGUCGUCCAUUUUUGCAAGAAAUUUAGAGAGUCGAGUAUGUACCCUGCAUUACUAUCAGGUAGCCAACGAUUGUCUAUCUAUUCGUUUAGCAUUUGAAUUUACGCCAAACUUCUUUCUUAA